AAAUGAAAACAACGCUGUGAUGAAACUGUAUUUAUUUUUCCAAUAAUUCCAUUUGGUUCAGCUCGUCUCGCGCAUGACAAAAAGUAACGUUGUGUACAAUACUGAGAAUGUUUCAUAUCAUGGGGUGUUCUAAGACUGACUUUCAACGGUAGUCGCCUUCAGCAGUAAUUUUGGAUUGUUUCGCGUGUAGCCUUAGUAAGCGAUGUUUUUAAUUUGGUUGUUUUUCUAUUCGAUUUGGUUCUUGGGAACGGAAGGACGUCACUCCAGGUUUAUCAGCGUCCCUUCCAAUCCAACUUUUUCGCAUAGUGGAAACAAUGUGACAUUGAUAUGGCGCUAUCACUUAAGUCAAGCUGACAGGGCUAAUUUCCACCGACUACUGUUUGGUCAGUGGAGUGAUGGCGAUAUUUCAACACCCUUGAUGAGCUUGUCAAAGAAUGGAAGUUUGGUUUCGCGCUCCAAACGUAUUGAAUGGAUUGGAAACAAAACUACAGCCGCAUUUCGACUUUAUCGUGUGACUGCUCAAGAUGGCGGAGAGUACGGUUGUAUGUUAGAGUUCUCAGGGGCAUUUACUGUGCGUCAUACAGUACAGCUUGCAAUAGUUGCUCCACCGCAAAUCAAAGAGAAAGGCAGCAACAUAGCGAAAGUGGAGGCUUCAGUAGGUACCUCUGUCAUACUACCGUGUCACGUGACUGGCAAUCCUCAGCCGUGGAUUUUAUGGCAACGAGAUGGACAAACAUUGCAGAACGGCACAAUAUUGAGUGACUUAAUAAUACCAGGUGUUCUUGCAAAUAUGACGGGAUUGUACACCUGUAUCGCUGGCAACCAAGCUGGAAUUGAUAAAUAUCAAGUGUUGCUGCUCGUGACGUCAUGCGGGCAUUCUGGUGAUAUUACACAUCUCGCCCAAGAUUCACUGCACCAAGACCACAAUCAUGGUAUGGACACCCCAGCCAGCUUCACCCCAACAAUAGUAGUUUGUGUGAUUUUAUUCUCCAUCUUUGGCGCCUAUUUCUUUUUCCGAUCUGCUGGAGAAAGAACCAAGAAGCUCAGGAAAUACGAUAGAAUGCCACAGGAUGAACAGGCAAGAAGCCUUAUGGGUGAAUGGUCGAACUUCGCCGACAAUGGUGAAAAAAUUUGAACACUUAACCUACAUAAAUGACAUAUUACCCAAAAUCAGCCAGAAGUUUUGCUUUCUCGCCUGUAAUUUAUUCGUCACAACUCAUUAAAAUUUAUUUGGAGCCUCAACGAUGAAAAACCUUACGCAUUCAAUUCAAUGACUUUAUCGAUCUUGAGAGUGGCAAUUAUUAGAAGAUUGCUUUUGAGUAGACUGUGGUGGACUGAAGUUGGUGUCAGCAGUACAGGAAUGCAUGUUAACGCGUGAUUCGAACUAAAGUGUGUGCAGGACUGUUCAUUUCCAAAGGAGUUAACGUCUAAAAUGCGAGGAAGUAGACAUUCUGAGUCAGCAGUAUCCCAGCAUUUCUAAGGCUAUACUACUCAAAACACCUACGUCCUUCCUCCUUAGGGAGAAUAAUUUAAAUCGAUUGCGAGGAAAAGAUGCACUUCUCGUCAAUUCUGUUGAAGACCUACCUCGCGGAGAGGAUGAAGUACCAACAACAAUUACACCCAAAUGAAAAGACAGGCGAGGAAUCUCUAAAUAUAACACUAAUGGUGAGCAGGCAUCGACUCUAAUAAGGGUAUUGAGGAAUCUGUUAAAUCUACCUCAAGAUCUUAACAGUGGACACGAAAAACUAAUCGGAAUAAUCACAAUCAGUGAACAAAAACAGUUAGUUUUAUUUAAUGAUCUUUUAGGGAACAGCAAGUUUCAAGUCUAACUAGUAACGGCUACAAUAGGUUCUACUGUAAUAAUCAUAAUAAUCACCACUUUAAAAACGUCCUUGCUGGCGAGAUACUAGACGAACGAGACAUAGGCUUUAAAAGACACAUAGCAAGUAGUUAAUGCCCUAUUUAAAGCGAUCUUCUAAAUUUCACAAAGCUUGCAAUAAACUAAUGAAUUUUUUUUCUUUAAAUACUAAAUUCUCAUAAAUAUACUGCCAUAAUUUCAGAAAAACCCACCACUAAAUGCUCGGCAGUGUCAGCCACAAAGUAGUGGCCCAUUCCUUCUUUACUUUUUCAUUUCAUUCCCAUUCAGGAAUUGGUAUGAAAUCGCGGUAGCACUUAAAGAUUCUAAUGUCAGAGUGGUCCAAGCUUUUUCCCUAGCCAGUUCAAAUUAUAUUAUCAGUCGAAUUCUGCUCAAUACUGCUUGUAAACAGACAAACAUUUACACCGUGAUUCUCUUAUGAAUAAGCCAACGACAAGAUAUUGUUAUGGCUUUAUACAAGAGGUAAAUAAUUAUCCAUACUUAUAUAGCCUGAGCCAAGCAUGCUCACCUAAAAUCUGUGACUGUACUUUUUUCAACAUGUU